GCUUUCGUUAGCGACGGUCAGGCCGACACUCUGACCUGUGGGCUCUGUCUAGAACACAAAAUUCAUAUUGCUUGUCCCUAUACUGUACAUAUUCAAUAUCAUCACGAUGUCACUACCUCCUGUCCUUUAUCACUUCUUCCAAACACCUCUCCCUUACACUCGUACGCUUCUCCUGCAGGAAAAGCUUCAUGCUGUACAACUCGCACAGAGACGGGCUUCUCAAACGCAUAGGGACUAUCUUCUACUCCUCCAGCAUCGUCCGGUAUACACUGCGGGACGACGGCAACUACCUUCGUCGCCAGAAGUUCUAGCUGAAGAAGCUCGUUUGACACGAAUCGGGGCGGACUUCGUUACGACCCAACGAGGUGGACAACUCACAUACCAUGGCCCUGGCCAAAUUGUUGGAUACCCGCUGAUGGACCUGGGACGCACUAGUCCCACCAUACAUACUCGAGACUACAUAUGCAAGAUGCAGAAAGUACUAGAGUGUCACCUCCAAGAGGAGCAUGCAAUCAAAACAAUGCCUAGCGACCAUACAGGCGUAUUCCUUGAUGAGAACACAAAGAUAGCCAGCAUUGGCGUGCAGGUCAGGCACAGGCUGACUUCGCAUGGAUUCGCCAUCAACGUAACUCCAGAGCCAAAACAUUGGUUUGACAGGAUAGUUGCGUGUGGAUUGGAUGGCGUCCAUGCUGGUUGUAUUGCCGAUGCCAGUGCCACGAAACGGGAGGUGAAUGUGGAGGGAGAGAUACCAGGUCUCGUGGAGCGGUUUGGAAGACUAUAUCAACGCGAUAUGGAGAAACUAGUCCCUGUCCUAGAGGGGGUCGCUGGAGAGCUGAUACUAGAGCUGGAGAAGGAAGCAAAAGCAGCCGGUCCUUGGCUGGAAGCACCGCUGGCAGAAUCGAACUGACCAACUUACCAAUAUCUUUUCCGCGGCUUAGUGCAUCCUACACUGUCCCUCCCACUGUUGAUAUCAUUGAAUCCGACCCCAAUCAACAUCAAUUCAACGCAUUCUGAUCAUC